GCGCAGUGAGUAGGGUGGGGACCAGAGUUGCCGGUGAGUGACGUCACGUCCGGUCGUCCUGGGGCCCGCCGAGACGUUACGAACAUGAAGUCCGUGUUCGUCACCGUGGGCACCACCAGUUUCGACGAACUCAUAACCUGUGUGUCUUCCAGGCCUACCCUUCAGAUGCUCAGGAGACUUGGUUAUCGCAAACUUGUUCUCCAGAUUGGAAAAGGCAAAGUGGUGCCAGACUCCUUCGCUUCGACGUCUUUUUCUUUGAUUGUUUACAGGUACAAGAAUUCCUUGAAAGAAGACAUUAAGAGAUCAGAUCUGAUCAUCAGCCAUGCAGGUGCGGGUAGCUGCUUGGAGGUCCUGGGAGAAGGGAAGCCCUUGGUGGUGGUCGUAAAUGAAAAGCUGAUGGACAAUCACCAGUUGGAGCUGGCCAGACAGCUGCACGAAGAAGGGUAUCUUUUCUACUGCACGUGCAGAGGUGGUGAUAACAGGACAUAGGAGGCAAGGAACUAUAAUGCUGGACAGUGGAAAAAAUUUUAAUUGUUAAACAGGUAUGGAAAGUGUUCUGAUAUCAAUAGUAGGAGGUUCAAUAAUUCCGUUACUGUGGGUCCUCUCAUGACAGACUAAGAUGAUACUUGCUCUUUGACUUGGAGAAGGGUCUUCAGGAGCUCUCUUAGUAAGGAUGAAUCUGCAUUUCUUUUCUGAAUAUUUUCUUUUUUUUAAAAAAGCUUUUUAUUUUCAAAGCACAUGCUUAGUUUUCAAUAUUCACUUUUGCAAAACCUUGUGUUCCAAAUUUUUUUCUCCCUCCCUUCCCCUCACCCCUUCCCUAGACAGCAAGCAAUCCAAUAUGUGUUAAACAUGUGCAGUUCUCCUAUACAUAUUUACACAAUUAUCUUUCUGCACAAGAAAAAUCAGAUCAAAAAGAAAAAAAAAUGAAAAAGUAAACAAAAUGUAAACAAACAACAAUAAAAAAGGUGAAAAUAGUAUGUUGUGGUCCAUAUUCAGUCCCCACAGUCCUGUCUCUGGGUGUGGAUGGCUCUUUUCAUCACAAAACUAUUGAAACUGGCCUGAAUCACCUCAUUGUUUGAAAGAGCCAGGUCCAUUAGAGUUGAUCAUCACAUAAUCUUAUUGUUACUGGAUACAAUGAUCUCCCGGUUCUGCUCAUUUCACUCAUCAUCAGUUCAUUGUAAGUCUCUCCAGACUUUUCUGAAAUCAUCCUGUUGAUCGUUUCUUAUAGAAUGAUAAUAUUCCAUGACAUUCAUAGAUCAUAACUCAUUCAACCAUUCCCCAACUGAUGGUACUCAGUUUCCAGUUCCUCACCACUACAAAAAGGACUGCCACAAACACAGAAUAUUUUCUCGUACAGCAGUGGUGCAUCCCAUUGGCAAGUUUCUACUCAAAACCCUUCUUCUUUGGUAGUUUUGGUGUUAUCAAUGAUAGUAAAUUGACACCACCAAUUGAAGCGAUUAUAUGAAACUCUUAAGAAAAUUAUCAGGAACCAAAUUAUCACUCUUUGCAGAUGAUAUAAUCGUCUACUUAGAGAACCCUAGAGAAUCAACUAAAAACUCCUAGAAACAAUUCUCAACUUUAGCAAAGUUGCAGAAUACAAAAUAAAUCCACAUAAAUCUUCAGCAUUUUCAUAUAUUACCAACAAAGUCCAGCAGCAAGAGAUACACAGAGAAAAUUCCAUUAAAAAUAAUGUCAAUAACAUAAAAGAUCUGAGAAUCUAUCUGCCAAGGGAAAGUCAGGAACUAUAUGAGCACAGGUACAAAACACUUUUCACAUAAAUAAAGUCAGAUCUAAUCAGGUGGAAAAAUAUCAAGUGCUCAUGGGUAGGCUGAGCAAAUAUAAUAAAAAUGACAAUAAUACCUAAAUUAAUCUACUUAUUUAGUGCUCAAACUGCUAUGUUAUGAUUAGAGAAAUGAAAAUAAAGAAAACUGAGAUACCACUACACACCUCUCAGAUUGGCUAAGAUGAUGGGAAAAGCUAAUGACGAAUGUUGGAGGGCGUGUGGGGAAAGUGGGACACCAGUACAUUGUUGGUGGAAUUGUGAAUGGAUCCAACCAUUCUGGAGAGCAAUUUGGACUGACGGCCAAAAGGCUAUCAAAAUGUGUAUAUCCUUUGAUAUCCUUUGGAUCAAAGGACCCAACAGUGUCUCUACUGGGCUUCUAUCCCAAAGAGAUCUUAAAGGAGGGAAAGGGACCUACAUGUGCAAAAAUGUCUGUGGCAACCCUUUUGUAGUGGUGACUGAGUGGAUGCCCACCAGUUGGGAAAUGGCUGAAUAAGUUAUGGUCUAUGAAUGUUAUGGAAUAUUAUUGUUCUAUAAGAAACAAUCAGCAGGAUGAUUUCAGAGAGCCCUGGAGAGCACUGAUGCUAAGUGAAAUGAACAGAAUCAGGAGAUCAUUAUAUACCACCACCACAAGAUUAUACAAUGGUCAAUUCUGAUGGACAUGACUCUUUCCAACAAUGAGUUCAUUGAGUCAGUUCCAAUGAUCUUGUGAUGAAGAGAGCCAUCCAUGCCC